AAGGUUGAGGUCAUUCAAUAUUGAAGUUGGAGAUAAAACAAAAAAAGACUUUAAUCUUCAAGAAUGAAAAUUUUAACUGCAAUAAUUACUUUAGCAGCGUUAGUCUGCUCUGUCAACGCUUUAUUAACGUGUUGGGAAUGCCGGAAUGCGCGCAGCAACCGGGAAUGUCGUUUGAACGGACAACUAAGAAGAUGUCAACCAAACGAGAAAGCUUGCCAGACUGAAGUCAGAAGAGACCCGCAUGGAAUAAGAAUCUCGAAGAUGUGCAAGCAGGCUCGUGCAUGCGACAACAACUUUGUUCAGAACCCAAGAUCCGCAUGGUAUCCAAGCCAGUGCAGUGACAUCCACGGUUCAGUUUGCAGAUGUUGUUGCGACUUUGACAACUGCAACACACCGUCUAUUGCUUGUGCAAGCCGACCUGAGCCAACAUGCGAAAGACUGCCAAGUCCCGAAAACGGAGACGUGUCUUGUUACGGAAAUGCAUCGGUACCAGUUGGGGAGCAAUGCUUCUUCGAAUGCUCGAUAGGUUUUACGAUGACCGGUAAUCCUACAUUAACAUGUCAACUAACUUCACCAACGACGGCAGCAUACGAUCAACCAGCGCCCGCAUGUAUCAGUCCACAGAGAGAUGAAAUUUUAUGUCAGCCUGAACUCGAGGAUCCUGAGUUCGGUUCCGUGGUUUGCUCAGAGACAAACCACCCUGGUAGCGUGUGCACAUAUACGUGUCAGAGCGGACGUUACGUAUCUGGAUUACCCUCGGCCACAUGCGGUGAAAACGGCUUGUGGUCUUCCCCACCCCCAACUUGCGAACGAGUUAAAUGUUUCCCCGCAAUAACCGACCUCACCAACGGACAAGUGUCUUGCUCAGACAGCAAUUACGACAGUAGUACAUGCAGUUUUAUUUGUGACCCUACAUACGUGUUGGAAGGCUCUACAGUAUCUGUGUGUGUUGAUGAUAACGAUGGUGACGAUAAAGGAGAUUGGACAAACCUAAUACCUCGAUGCAAACCGAUCCGGUGCAACCCGGUCCACGUUUCGCCAAUGAACGGCGCUGUUAUUUGCAGCAACUCCAAUAUGUUGGGUAGCGACUGUGCUUUCCAAUGCGACAGUGGCUUUGCAUUAGAAGGCAGCCAAACAUCAACCUGCCAAGAUGAUGGAAAUGGCGACGCUGAGGGAGAAUGGAGCAGCCCCGCACCAUUUUGUACACGAAUCACAUGCUUGCCUCAGCACACAAACCCAGUAAACGGUGUGGUUCAAUGUAGCGACUCAAACAAUAUUGGAAGCAUAUGCUCGUUCGAAUGCAAUCCAGGUUAUGAGUUGGACGGUACCCCUUACUCUGGCUGCAUUUAUACCGACAGUACGGAAGACAGCGGUGUUUGGAGUACACCAGCUCCAACUUGCCCAGAACGUGGGCAAUGUCGUGAUGUUCAAACUCUUCAAAAUGGGAACGUAACUUGCACGGAUGGAAACUUCGUCAACUCCCGAUGUACAUAUGAGUGCAAUAAAGCUGAAUCUUACGAAAUCUUUCCACCAAACCACACCCUUACAACGUGCAUGGCUGACUUAGCGUGGGAUCUUGCCCCGCCAUGUUGUGCAAAGAAAUGCCCUCCGUCCGCUCCUAUGGAUUUGGUCCUAAUCCUGGAUUCGUCAUCUUCGGUAAAGAGGCCGAAUUGGAACACCAUGAAACAGUUUGUGCGAUCAAUCAUCACUACAUUUAACUUUGGGGAAAAUGAAGCACGAAUGGCCGUAUUCAGAUACAACAGACAAGUGGAUACGAGGAACCAGAUUUUGUUAAGCGAUCAUAUUAAUAACAAAACCACUUUUUUGGAAGCAUAUGACAAGUUACCGUACAAUGGAUUUGGAACCUUCACCGGUCGAGCCUUACGUCACGCGAAAAAUGUCAUUCUGGCAAACCGAAACGGGAACAGACCGAAUGUUAAAGAUGUUAUAUUGACAAUUACUGAUGGGAGAUCUCAGGACAAUGUUGCGACAAUUUCAACCGAACUUAGAGAAAUGGGAGUCACGACGUUUGUCAUUGGAAUCCAGCCUGGAAAUGGAGCAGGACUUGACCAAGAUCAGUUGCUGGCGAUGGGCGGGACCCCAGAAAAUACAAUUUUAGCGGUCGGUGGAUUUGGUGGACUCGACGCGACUUUCUUAAAUCGUCUAAGUGCGUCCAUCUGUACAAACAGAUGCGCCCAAGCACUCCAAAGAGACGUACCGCGAUCUUAGGAGUAUAUUCCCUAACAAUCAAAUGCUUUAAUCAUAUCCCUUAUAUAUGUGUUUACUAUAUCCUUUCAUAUCUCGUUGGUAAUUAAAUAUACUGUUUUUUUACCGUACGCAUGUGUUAACGUGUGUUUAUCCGUUUAAACUUUAAAAUCAUUGGUUAUAACUUGUUGUAACGCCAAUACAGUCACAUGAAUGUAUAUCUUUAAUUCCAACCUCUUGGUAUACGAGAUUUUCUUCAGCACUAUUCAGGAUAUAUAUAUAUUAAGGUGAGGGAA